AUGGCUGCUCCAUUAAGCUUGGUUCCUGAAGUUAGUGGACCACAAGAUAGCCCAGGUGCUGGUACUUUAGGAAAUAACAACAUUAAUACCCACCAGAACAAUUCCAGCAAUCAUAUAUACCAAGCUCAAUUCUUACAGAAUGAUUCACGUCAAGGGUCCACAGCUAGUCUCAACUCAAAACUCCCAAGUAAAUCACCAAUAUCAAAAGGUAAAUAUAGCUUAAAUGACUUUCAAGUCAUGAGGUCCUUGGGAACUGGAUCUUUUGGAAGGGUCCACUUAGCAAGAUCUGUUCAUAAUGGUCGAUUUUAUGCAAUGAAGGUUUUGAAAAAAGAUCGUGUUGUGAAAAUGAAACAAGUUGAACAUACAAAUGAUGAAAGAAGAAUGCUUGCAAUUGUGGAACAUCCUUUUAUAAUAAGGAUGUGGGGCACAUUUCAAGAUUCUCGUUCCGUUUUCAUGAUUAUGGAUUAUAUAGAAGGUGGUGAAUUAUUUACACUUUUAAGAAAAUCUCAAAGAUUUCCAAAUCCUGUUGCAAAAUUUUAUGCUGCUGAAGUUUGUUUAGCAUUGGAAUAUUUGCAUAGUCAUAACAUAAUUUAUCGUGAUUUAAAACCUGAAAAUAUAUUGCUGGACAAGAAUGGUCAUAUUAAAUUGACAGAUUUUGGGUUUUCAAAAGAAGUUAAAGAUGUUACAUAUACUCUUUGUGGUACGCCUGAUUACAUUGCUCCAGAAGUUGUUGCCACUAAGCCUUAUAACAAAUCUGUUGAUUGGUGGUCUUUUGGUAUUUUAAUCUUUGAAAUGCUGUCAGGUUAUACACCUUUUUAUGAUUCUUCACCAAUGAAAACUUAUGAAAACAUUUUAAGUGGUCAAAUAAAAUAUCCAGAUUAUUUCCAUAAAGAUGUUUUAAAUUUAUUGCAAAAUUUAAUUACAAAAAAUUUAUCUGAAAGAUUGGGUAAUUUACAGAAUGGAACGGAAGAUGUUAAGAAUCAUCCUUGGUUUUCUGAAGUUGUAUGGGAAAGAUUAUUAUCAAGAGACAUUGAAACACCUUAUGAGCCACCAGUAACAGCAAACACAGGUGAUACAAGUCAAUAUGAUAGAUACCCAGAAGAAGACAUUGAUUAUGGUGCUACUGGGCCAGAUCCUUAUGAACUUUUAUUCAGGGAUUUUUGA